GACAACAACAUGGCGGCCGGCGUGAUUAACCUUCGCCACUUAGCCGUGGUUAAAACCCUUCAUAACCCAGCUUUAACCUGUCAAAUAAGGCUGUUUAGGACAUCAACCGUUAGCUUAUACUUAUUAUGUAAAUCAUCACCAAAAAUGGGACGUGUUAAACUACUCGGAGGCUUAAUUAACGCUGGCAAACUGACCAGACCCCAAGGCAGUCUACUCCACUUCCACACGUCGUCACGGCACGGCCAACGCGACUACUACGACAUCCUAGGGGUGUCUCGGAACGCCUCGCUUAAAGACAUCAAGAAAGCGUACUACCAGUUAGCCAAGAAAUACCAUCCAGACGUCAACAAGAAUGAUCCCGGCUCCCAGAAGAAAUUCACCGAGGUCUCAGAGGCUUAUGAGGUCCUCGGCGAAGAAGCGUAAUCUGACACAAUGGGCCACACGACAGAACAGAUGGGUAGGGCGGGCGGAAUGGGCGGAGCGGGGAACCCAUUCCAAUCGGGGUGGAACUAUCAGACGACCAUCGACCCAGAGGAGCUGUUCAGGAAGAUCUUUGGUGAUUUCCGCCGAUCAGGAGUGGAUAUGGGAGAUCAGGAUUUUGCAGAGUCGGCGUUUGGCUUCGGCGCUGCACAAGAGAUAACGAUUAAUUUGACUUUCUCGCAAGCGGCUCGUGGCAUCAACAAAGACGUGACUCUGAAUACCGUCGAUAUCUGCCCCAAAUGUACAGGGAGCCGAUGUGAACCAGGGACCAAGGCAAUUAGGUGUCAGUACUGUAAUGGAACUGGCAUGGAGACUAUUUCAACAGGGCCGUUCGUCAUGCGUCAGACUUGCCGUUAUUGUCAUGGAACACGAAUGCACAUCAAAUACCCGUGUUCUGAGUGUGAGGGCAAAGGUCAGACCGUACAGAGGAAGACCGUCACCGUGCCUGUACCAGCGGGCGUUGAGGGCGGACAGACCUAAGAUGACUGUCGGCGGAAAAU